GGAAUUUAGAAUUUUGAAAAUUGUACAUUGAACUGGACAUCGUUUGGAAGGAUUUAAGGAUAAAUGGAAUAAUGAUUAUGGCAUAAAGGAAUUUAUAACUGAAUAUUUUGUUUAAUGGCCGGAUUCUUUCAUGCAAAUAUUGUUUGGAAAGACACCCGAUUACAGUCUGAUGGAGUGGGGAACGUCGUCGAUCUGGUCAUGAAUGAAAAUGUUGACGUAAUAUUUGGUUCACCCUCAUCCAGGGUUACUAUACCAGCAGCACAUCUAACUUCCCAUUGGAAUUUUCCGCACAUUUCAUGGGCAGCAAACAGUUAUGACUUAUCCGACAAGACAUUGUUUACCACGUUUGUCCGAACAAUCGGGCCUCUCAGCGAAACUGGAAAGUCACUCGUAACACUGUUCAAAAUAUUUGAUUGGAGCAGAAUUGGUUUACUGUACAUAGACUAUGGGCUGUGUUUAUAUAGUGCUACUGGUAUCAAAACCCAGUUUGCGGAAGCAAAUCUGACCAUUAUUCAAAGUAUAGCGUAUCCAUAUAAUACGAUCAUAAAUGAUGUCGUCAUCGACGAGUACCUGAAACAUAUCAAAGGAACUAGCAGAAUAAUAUUCAUAUGUGUUGAUGGCGACCUGAGGCGUUUCAUGAUACGGGCGUACAAAAAUGGAAUGUGUAAUGGGGAUUACCUUUUCAUCUACACAGGGCUUGAUACACCAACAAUAUCUGUGUGGAAAAAUGGAGACUCAGAUGACCCUAUAGCAAAGAAAGCUUUUAGAUAUUUGUUAUACAUAACAACUGCGAUGUGGGUUGGAGACGACGGUAAGAAACGAUUGGAAGAGUUUAAUAUUGAAGUGAUUGAACGCAUGUCUGAACCGCCGUGGAACAGUACAUACGCGAAGGACAACGGUAUAGAGGCAGGCUCCGGAGCUCAGAAUUUAUACGAAGCCAUGUAUCUUUACGGUCUGUGGUUAAAUUAUUCUUCGGAGAACAAUAUUAGUAAACGUAACGGUCGAGAAUUGCUCAAGUUCACGAAAGAUCUAUCGUUUCCAGGGAUCUCUGGACCGUGUGAUAUGGGUUUAACAGGGGACAGGAUUCCUUAUUUCUGGAUCUAUCAAUUUGUUGGAGAUAACAGUGAACUGGAAAUCGUUGCUCUUUCAGAAACCAAAGUGAAGAAAAUAACGGAGAUUGGCAGAUUUAAGUGGUACACCUCUGAUGGACGUCCACCUAAAGAUAUCCCUAUCUGUGGAUAUUUCAAUGAAUAUUGUCGUGAACAUGAAACAGAUAACACAGUGGUAAUAGUCGUUGUAUGUAUGUGCGUUAUCAUCCUAGCGGCCUUGGCAGUUGCUUCUGGAUUUAUUGUCAGGAGACGCAAGAUGGAAGAAGAACUGUUAUACAGUGUGUGGAAAGUUAAAGUUGAUGAUGUGGAACUGCAGAAAUCUAAAGUUGGCUUCGGAUCCAGGAUGAAUAUGAAGUCCUUGACAGCCAUACAGGAGUCCGCGAAGGAUAGUGAGUCUCAUCGCAGUUCUAGAUCUAUGAAUGACAUGAAUGUAAACGCGGAGGUUCUGAUGACAACCGUUGCACUUUUCAAAGGACAGACGGUAUGUGUGAGAACGGUUCGCAAGCAAAGUGUUAUUGCAAAGGAAGAUCUAUACAGUCUGAAAACGAUGCGUGAGAUGAUGCACGAAAACAUCAAUCCAUUUCUUGGAGCCUGCUUUGACACGCCGUCACCUUUUAUGUUAUUUCUGUACUGCCCAAAAGGAAGUCUACAGGAUGUACUUGAAAACGACGAAAUCAAGCUUGACGCAACUUUCAAAUAUUCUUUGACAAUGGACCUAGUUCAGGGGAUGAUCUAUAUACACAACUCUAAAUUGUCCGUACAUGGGCGAUUAAAAAGUUCGAAUUGUCUUGUGGACAACAGAUGGAUGCUAAAGAUAACAGACUUUGGUCUUGACCGGUUUUUGGAUCACAAUGAACAAGAUAGUACGGAGGACCAUCAGAAGUACAAAGGAAUGUUAUGGACAGCACCGGAACUACUGGAAAACAGCAGUCGUAUAAAAACAAAAGAGGCGGAUGUUUACAGUUUUGGAAUUAUUCUGCAUGAGAUUUUCUACAGAAUGGGAACGUUUGCAGGCAUAAGUCACAUGACAGCCAAAGAUAUUGUUGGAAGGGUAAAGAAUCGCGAGAAUGACCCUUGUAGACCGGAACUCUUCACUGACAUUCAGGAAGUGUCGCCAGAAGUUAUCAAAUUGAUGCAGUUAUGUUGGCUUGACAACGAAAAUGAAAGACCAUCUUUCAAUAUUAUCAAAUCUUUCAUAAAGAAAAACAUACAGCAUGGAAAGAGUUCCAAUAUAGUGGACAUAAUGCUAAAUCGACUGGAGAAAUAUGCCAGUAAUCUAGAAGAACUAGUAGACCAACGAACUCAACAACUAAUGCAGGAGAAACAGAAAACAGAUAAACUUUUAUACCGGAUGUUGCCGCGGAGUUGUGCUGAUAAACUGAAGCUCGGGGAAAACGUGCUACCAGAACUGUAUGAAGCAGCUACGGUGUUCUUUUCGGACAUUGUUGGUUUCACCACACUUGCUUCUAAAAGCUCGCCGAUGCAAGUCGUUGACCUUUUGAAUGACCUUUAUACCUGUUUUGAUGAUAUAAUUUCAAGCUACGACGCUUAUAAGGUAGAGACUAUAGGUGACGCCUAUCUUGUUGUAAGCGGAAUACCAACAAGAAACGGAGAUCUCCACGCAGGGAUAAUUGCUGACAUGUCUAUCGAUAUGAUUGCCGCUACUGGGAAGUUUAAAAUAAAACACUUACCGGAUGAAGAAGUCCAAGUUCGUAUAGGCAUGCACACUGGACCAUGUUGCGCAGGUGUGGUAGGACUGUCGAUGCCAAGAUAUUGUCUGUUCGGCGACACCGUCAAUACUGCAAGUAGAAUGGAAUCUAAUGGCUCAGCGAACAAGAUUCAUCUCAGCGAAACAGCCCAUAAAGCAUUACAUUUACUGGGAGGAUACGAGACCUCUUUCAGAGCUGAAAUACCAAUCAAGGGUAAAGGGCUGAUGCGGACAUACUGGCUGGAAAGUUCACCUAACAAAGGUUAAAGGACCAGCAAAACACCAACAUUCACACUUAAUCUAGAACUUAAUUUUAUAUUACAAAGCAUAUCACAUUUAUAUGAUAUUUGAUAUGAAAAAUAGCAGCAGAGCUUUGUAAAUAGCUACAUGGAAUAUAUUUCAAUGUAUGUACGUGUCUCAUAAGCCAUCUUGGCUGGUCCUUUCAGUAGAGAUGAAACUAUAAUAAAACAAACACUUUACUUUACUUUUGCAGUAUCCAAAACAGAAAAAGGAGGAAUAGUAUCUCCAUCAAAAUGUAGAGACAUAGAAUUAUUUGAUGUCAAGCAAGUAAUUGUUAAUGUCAUUAAAUUAAUAGAAGUUUGUAUCAUUGUUGAACACAGCGCAAUGAAAAACUAUCUCAAUAACAUAUUGGGAAGAUCGAAUAUCAGUACCAUUUUAUAAUAGUAUGUUCAAGUUACAAGAACUCCGUUUAAAAUUCAUUCAACUUUAUCAUUAUACCAGACCAAGUAUAUACAAAUCAGUUGAAUUAUUCCAGUCGAACAACAUUAUGUGUAUUCUUGAAUAUUUAGGAAAAUACAUUAGCCUAGGUAGCAAACUGAGACACCAGUCGCUCCUUGCUUUAUUUGAUACAUCCAUAGUGCAAUUGACUUUGUUUUCUGAAUGCAUGUUUGAGUUC